AUGACCAUCAUCCUAACUGUUGCCUAUGUUUUUGCGGUCGUCGGAGCAGCUAAAUUAGUUGCGAAAUUUUUAACAUACAACAGAAGUCGAAUUGCCUAUCCUCCAGGCCCCAAUCCCAAACCAAUAUUCGGCAAUGCUUUUGACUUUCCUAAGUAUGACGCUGCGAUGGAAUACUUGAACUGGGGAAAAAGAUAUAACAGUGACAUUCUUCAUGCCGAAGCGUUGGGAAACCAUGUCGUGAUUCUUAACAAAAGGGAGGAUGUAGAUGCUAUACUUGAGCAGUCUGAUCGCGCAAAGCUCUAUUCAGAUAGACCCCACGUGCCUAUUUUUAAGAUAAUGGGUUGGGAGUAUAAUUUUGCUAUGCUUCGAUACGGCGAUGAAUGGAGGGAACACAGAAAAAUCACAAACCAAAACUUCAACCCGCAAGCAGCGAAGCAAUAUCAGUCGCUUCAACUGGAAAAAGUCGGUCAACUACUGCAAGGUCUUCUCGAUAGCCCAAAAGAUUUUUUAGAACAUGGCAAAAAGUUCUCGAUUGCACUUACUAUGGCUAUGAUGUAUGGAUACGAGGUUAAAUCUAUAGACGAUCGAGCUGUUUCAGUGGCGGAAGAAGCUCUGGCUCUGGGGACCCAGUUGCUCACUCCGGGUGGCACUCUCAUUAAUGUUAUUCCUGCACUGCAAUACGUCCCAACAUGGUUUCCGGGUGCUUGGUCUCGAAGGCUGGCUGCAAAAGUACUAGAAUUAUCCGAGGAAAUGAAGAGAAUUCCAACUGAGUUUGUAAAGAAGAGCUUGGCUGAAGGCACAGCUUCUCCAUCUCUUGUUACUGAAUUCUAUGAAAGGAAAUUCGCGGUCGGUGCCACUCAACAUGAAGAAGAUGUUAUUAACAACGUUGCCUUCACGGUCUAUGGAGCUAACCCUGACGUCCAAAGAAAGGCUCAGGCUGAACUUGAUCGAGUGAUUGGCUCGAAGCGACUACCCAAUUUCGACGACCGCGAGUCGCUUCCUUACAUUGAAGCUAUAUACCGGGAGGUUCUCCGAUUUAGGCCUCCUGUUCCAAUUGGCAUUCCUCAUUGCUCCACUCAAGACGAUCAUUAUAAAGGCUACUAUAUACCUAAAGGGACCAGCAUCUUUGCAAACAUAUGGGCCUUAGCUCAUGAUGAAGCAGAUUAUCCUGAACCGCACUCCUUCAAACCGGAAAGGUUCCUAGACGAAAAUGGCCAGUUGAACGAUGACGAUAGAAUAUUGGCAUACGGUUUCGGGCGAAGAGUCUGUGUGGGAAAACAUGUUGCCGGUGCUACCAUGUGGAUACUUAUAGCAUCGGUCCUUGCUUGCUUCAACAUCACACAGGCUAAGGACGAAGAGGGCAACGACAUUGAGAUCAACCCCGAUUAUGUCGAUCUUGGAUUAACCAGGCGAGUAGUAACGUACUCAUCUUUCCACCUCGUUUUUGACCAGAUUUAA